UUCUGUUUAUUUCUAUGAGAAGCUGCUAAAGCCUGUGAUCUACCAGCUCUGAACCUCUGCAUGCGUAACGCGCACCACUCCUAGGAUUGCAGUUCUUUGAAAGCGGGACUCAAAAGUGCCAGAGAACUGAAGGAAGAAUGCUCCGAGGCCGAUCCUUAUCUGUGACAUCCCUGGGUGGGCUGCCUCGGUGGGAAGCCGGACUUCCUGUGGAGGAUUUACUGCUCUUUGAAGUCGCUUGGGAAGUGACCAAUAAAGUUGGUGGCAUCUAUACUGUGAUUCAGACAAAGGCCAAAACAACAGCAGAUGAAUGGGGAGAGAAUUAUUUUCUGAUCGGUCCCUAUUUUGAGCAUAAUAUGAAGACUCAGGUGGAACAGUGUGAACCUGUAAAUGAUGCUGUGAGGAGAGCAGUGAACACAAUGAAUAAACACGGCUGCCAGGUGCACUUUGGAAGAUGGCUGAUAGAAGGGAGUCCUUACGUGGUGCUCUUUGACAUAGGCUAUUCAGCUUGGAACCUGGACAAGUGGAAAGGUGACCUCUGGGAAGCAUGCAAUGUUGGCAUCCCUUAUCACGACCAGGAAGCCAACGAUAUGUUGAUAUUUGGAUCCUUAACUGCCUGGUUCUUGAAAGAGGUGACAGAUCAUGACAAUGGGAAACAUGUCAUUGUCCAGUUCCAUGAAUGGCAGGCCGGGACUGGACUGAUCCUUUCUCGAGCUCGGAAACUUCCCAUCGCUACAGUGUUUACCACCCAUGCCACCCUGCUUGGGAGGUAUCUCUGUGCAGCAAACAUCGAUUUCUACAACCAUCUUGAUAAGUUUAACAUAGACAAGGAGGCUGGGGAAAGGCAGAUUUAUCACCGGUACUGCAUGGAGCGUGCCUCUGUCCACUGUGCUCACGUGUUCACCACAGUUUCUGAAAUAACAGCCAUAGAGGCAGAGCACAUGCUGAAGAGAAAGCCUGAUGUAAUUACUCCAAAUGGCUUGAAUGUUAAGAAAUUCUCAGCAGUACAUGAGUUUCAAAAUCUCCAUGCCAUGUACAAGGCCAGGAUUCAAGAUUUUGUUCGAGGUCAUUUCUAUGGUCAUUUGGACUUUGAUCUCGAAAAAACGUUAUUCCUCUUCAUUGCUGGGAGGUAUGAGUUUUCAAAUAAAGGAGCUGACAUCCUGCUAGAAUCCUUAUCCAGGCUAAACUUCCUGCUGAGGAUGCAUAAAAGUGACGUCACCGUGGUGGUGUUUUUCAUUAUGCCUGCCAAGACAAAUAAUUUCAAUGUGGAAACCCUGAAAGGCCAGGCAGUGCGAAAACAGCUAUGGGACACUGCACAUUCUGUGAAGGAAAAGUUUGGAAAGAAACUGUAUGAUGCAUUAUUAAGAGGAGAAAUUCCUGACAUGAACAAAAUUUUGGAUCGAGACGAUCUGACAAUUAUGAAAAGAGCCAUCUUUUCAACUCAGCGGCAAUCUUUGCCUCCGGUGACCACUCACAACAUGAUAGAUGACUCCACGGAUCCCAUCCUCAGCACCAUUAGACGAAUCGGUCUCUUCAACAGCCGCACAGACAGAGUCAAGGUGAUUUUGCACCCAGAGUUCCUAUCCUCCACCAGCCCUCUGUUACCCAUGGAUUAUGAAGAGUUUGUCCGAGGUUGUCAUCUUGGAGUAUUUCCAUCAUACUACGAACCCUGGGGUUAUACUCCAGCCGAAUGCACUGUGAUGGGUAUCCCCAGUGUGACCACCAACCUCUCUGGCUUUGGCUGUUUCAUGCAGGAGCACGUGGCUGAUCCCACUGCAUAUGGUAUUUACAUCGUUGACAGGCGAUUCCGCUCACCGGAUGAUUCUUGCAAUCAGCUGACUCAGUUUCUCUAUGGAUUUUGCAAACAGUCUCGCCGCCAGAGGAUUAUUCAGAGGAACCGAACUGAGAGGCUCUCAGACCUUCUGGAUUGGAGAUACUUAGGCAGAUAUUACCAGCAUGCCAGGCACCUGACAUUAAGCAGAGCUUUUCCAGAUAACUUCCAAAUGGAACCCACAUCGCCACCUACGACGGAAGGGUUUAAAUAUCCCAGGCCUUCCUCGGUACCACCUUCUCCUUCAGGAUCUCAGGUCUCCAGUCCUCAGAGCAGUGACGUGGAGGAUGAGAAGGAGGAUGAGAGGUACGAUGAGGAAGAGGAGGCUGAAAGGGAUCGGUUAAAUAUCAAGUCGCCAUUUUCUCUGAGUCAUGCUCCUCGAGGGAAGAAGAAGCUGCAUGGCGAGUACAAGAACUGAAUUCCACCCUGGUUGCACAGGCUAAUUUAGUGAGAGCAUAGCAAGAAUGACCAUUGAAAGAAAUGAAAAGGCCCCAUGUGUCAUUCUCUUCUCAGUGUUACAAUGGGAUUUACCCUCUGCCUAAAAAAUGGAGGAGAUUAAGUGAAUGGCAACUUUGUAAUUUAUAAUAAAAUCCAACUUAUUUUCCUAACUGCUUUUCCCUCAGUCAAUUUAGGCACCAGGAAGAGUGUUAAUUAAAGGAGGAAGACAAAGUGUUUUUAAAAUGAUUAUUUUAAGCAAUAAGAAUUUGUAUUCCCUAAUGUGGAUUUUUAAAUUUUCAUCGCCAUAAUCCUUUGCUUAAUGUUUAUACAGCUUCUAUACCUGCUAAACAAGUCUGCCAUUUCCCCCGCAAAGAGUCCUGACUCCGCUAGGAAUGUGCUCUGCCUUUAUAUUUCAAAUAAUUUGGUCUUCAGUGAUUAUUUUUAUUUUUCACAUGAGUCAGAACCAUGAAUUUAUACCUAGCUUUGCAGCCAGUCAAAAUCCAUAAGACAAUAGCCAUCCUCAAUCCAGAUCUUGAUACAUAUUAAUGCAUAUAUACAAGGUCACCUCAAAGUAAUGAUCAGAAGAUGUUACCAUCUGUACUGUAACAGUUUUUUUUCUAUUGUUUAAAAGGAAAGCCUUUUUGAAAACUGGGUCAAUCUUCCAUAAGUGAUACAUUGUUAAAUCCAUAUGAAUAAAUAUAUCAAUAUUUAAAGAUUUAA